AUGAGUCUCCGCGUCGCCUCCCGAUCGCUGGCUCUCGCCAGCCGCCCUGUCCUUGCCCGUCCUGUCGUCGGUGCUGCUCCUAUCGCCCUUCGUCGUCUCUACUCUUCCGAGGCUGACCCCAAGGCUAAGGCCUCUUCCAUCCUCUCCGCUCUCCCUGGUAACAGCCUUGUUUCCAAGACCGGUUUCCUCGCCACCCUCACCGCCGCCGGUGUUUACACCAUCUCCAACGGCCUCUACGUUGUCAAUGCCGAGACCUGCAUUGUCUCCGUCUUUGGUGUCUUGCUCUAUGUCAUCUCCAAGACUGUUGCUCCCGCUUACAAGGAAUGGGCUGAGGGCUACAUUGAGAAUGUCAAGAACGUCCUCAACGCUGCUCGUGACACCCACACUCUCGCCGUCAAGGAGAGAAUCGAGAGCGUCUCCCAGGUCAAGGACGUUGUUGCCAUCACUGAGAACCUCUUCCAGGCCUCCAAGGAGACUGUUGAGCUUGAGGCCAAGGCUUUUGAGCUUAAGCAGAAGGUUGCCUUUGCUCACGAGGCCAAGUCUGUUCUUGACUCUUGGGUCAGAUACGAGGCUCAGGUCCGCAAGAAAGAGCAGGAGGCUCUUGCCAAGUCUGUCAUUGACAAGGUCAACUCCCAGGUCUCUGAUGCUGCUUUCCAGGCCAAGGUCCUUAAGCAGGCUAUUGCUGACGUUGAGAAGAUUUUCUCCAAGGCUUAA